AUGGCUUCAGCUGCCACCAACGGCGCGAACGCUGUAUCCCAGGCUUCGGGGAGUCGUAAUGCUGUCCGACAGACACGUACAAAUCCUUCUCGUGUUUCGAAGACCGCUGCUCGCUCGUUUCCUUACUACGGUCAACAGUCCGCUAGCGAUGCCCCUCAGGCGGCCAAUGUGCCGCAUGGACUCUACCCAGCUCUGACCCAUUUUACCGAUGCCAUUACAGCGCUCCCACGAGAGUUUCGUCGUCACAAUUCGCUUUUGAAGGAAGUGGAUGCGAAGGCGUGGGCAUUGGAGGAUAAUCUACAUCAGCUGCUCCUAACCGCGUCGGAUUCGCGGCCUGUGCCUUACCCUCCAAAUCCAGCACCGAUCGUGGACGGCGUGGUGAGAGACUAUGGAAAUGAUCCGCAAAAUGCCGAGUCGCAAGAGAGCAAGCAUCGCCGGCAGCUUUUCGACCGCAUUAGACGCACCCUAUCCGAUUUGAUGUUGACAGCCGACGAAAAAAAUCACGUGUUGACAAACGCGAACGAAGAGCUUGACCACCAGUUAUAUCGCCUGAACUCCAUCUACCCAUACAUUUCAACAGAAGUCAGCGAGGAAGCAAGACUGGGUAGUCUCACUCAUUGGGCCUACUCAAAUCGGGCUGCCGCCAAAGCUGCCGCCAAGACUACGACGAACGAACGUCCUCGUCGUGAAGCUGCAUCUGCUACCUCGCAUUUGGUCCAGGCUCUACAAGAGGCGGACGCAGCUGCUCACCGAAGCGAGGUUCGACGUGAAGCAAAUCGCAGGCAACGUCGCGGCCAUGCCGACUCAGACUUUGAUGAAACACGUACCACAACUCAUCGCAAGGGUGGUGCUGCGAGAUCCCGUGCAGUUGCUGGCGAUAGUGCGGACUCGGGCGCUGCUACUGUUUCUGUAACGAAACGGAGGAAAGUGGAAAAACCGGCUUCCAUACAGACAGGCAGUGCUGCGAUGGAACGUUCUGCUAGUGGAAUAACAAAUAACGGGCGUACGACGUCAAAGGAUAGUGCCGGCGCCGAGGUUAAGAAGAGAACCCGCGCACCAAAUGCUGUUUCCGCUGCUGGUCGCAAGAGGAACAACACAAUGACGUCAAAUGUAGAACCUCCCUCGGUGUCAUCACCACCAAUUGUUGGCACAUUCAACCCCCCUAGGAGUGCUCCAAGCCCAGGGCCCAGACCACAAUCUUCACGAGCUCAACAACCUGCCACUCAGGCGAAUUCCCGCCAGCGUCCGCCUUCGUCUUCUAAUCGUGUAAAUAACAGCAGUACGUUACCUGGACCUGGAGAUAUCCCGCUCGGUGUCACCUCUAACCAGACGUCAGUUGCAGAUAAAGCAGUGGACUCCAAGGUGUUUAAUACCCCGACAGAGGACUCCAACCUCAAAGAAAGGACCCCCCAAACUCUUCCCGGAGAUGCCCGGCCACUGGAUACCAAGAAGGACAGUUCGGACACCAAGUCAAACCUACUGGUUGACAAGGACGAGAGACCCGAGGUGAAGGCAAUCGAUACAACACACGCUACCGAGCAGAUGUCCCCUGCUCUUUCUACUAUUGGGCCGGCCAAGGGACGGUCUUCAAAGACAUCUACGCCUGUGAUGUCUACAUUCGCAGAGGCACAGACUCGGGUACGAUCUUCGCGGAACAAUCCAGAAGCCGCCACAAAGCGUAGCCAUAAGAAGAGCGGCAGCGUGUCAACGGCCUACAAGCCCAAGAUUGCUGUUCGAGAGGAGGAAGAGUCUUCUCGCGAGGGCGACGAUGAAGACGACGAGAGCGAGCCUCGUUACUGUUAUUGCAACCAGCUGACGGGCGGUCACGAGACGCGCUUACCCCAGAAGUCUUACCUAACAGCGACUGCCGCCAUUCGCCGCCCAUUACGUCGUGCUCCAUCUCUGCUUAUCACUGCUGCUUAA